AUGCAACGGGCUUGGAAAGCGGCCGAUUCGUUUUGCGAAUUUUGGGGAAGUCGUCUGCUUCGCAUUAAGCUUGUCAUCAACCGCCGCAUGAUCAAUGUGAUCUCCGUGUAUGCCCCCACCUUUAAUUCGGAAGAGCAUGUCAAAGACCGCUUCUAUGCCGAGUUAACUCGUAUGCUUCGCACUAUCCCUGCCGCUGAAGAAGUGUUUGUGUUAGGAGACUUUAAUGCCAGGGUGGGACGUCCCGCUGCGUCGGACCUGCACGGUCAGACGGAUGAAGGUUUCCUCAAUGAAAAUCUUAUUGUUGGCCCUUAUAGCUUGCAUCACACGAACUCGAAUGGCGAGCGCCUCCUGGCCUUAUGUGAAAGUGCACCGGUCGGUAAGCUUCGUGUCAUGAGUACCUUUUUCCCGCAUAAGCACUAUGGAACCUGGUUUCAUAACAAAUUUCGCUGUUGGUUUCAGAUUGAUCACAUGCUAGCUGCCCGCCGCUCCGCCCGCUGUGUUAUGGAUGUUUGUGUCAAGCCAGGUAUUGUUUUCAACACUGACCACCGUUGCGUCAAGGUUAAGCUACGUUUUGCUCCCCCGUCUUAUCGUGGACGCCCCUCUCGGCCCCUGUGCCGUCCCGCGGAAACUGCUAAGCUGCCUGCCCUUGCGGUUCACAGGCUGUCAGAUGCACCGGUUGCUGAUGCUGUUAACUCCUGUCUGGCUGAUUUCCUUGAAGAUGACUUGCUUGAUGAGUAUGGGACAUGGGCUCAUGCCCUGCGUCAGGCCGCGGAACAGUUUGUUGGCCUUCGUCUGGCGCCGGCUGGUCCACAAUGGAAACUCGAUCAUGCUGCGGACCUCGCCUCUAUCAGUCGCAAACGGCAGGCCGCUUUUGCCGCUUGGAAGCAGGGUGGCUCCAAGGCCGUGUUCCGUGCUGUGUGCGCCACCUGUAAAUGGGAAGUUGCGGCCGUGCUAAACACCUGGUGGGCCAAUAAAGCGGGUUCCAUUCAAGCUUUUGUCGAUGCCAAGGAACCGCAAUCUCAAUUCGCUGGGUUCCGGGAAUUACGGUCAGUGCUUGCGUCUGGUCAUCGUCCGAUCCCCAAGCUCCGUGAUUCGGCUGGGGACUGGGUUCACACCAAAUCUGGGCGUCUCGCUCGUUGGAGUGCGUACUUCGCUGACCUGCUCAAUGUUCCUGCCUCGGUGACUCCGGAGUUUGUGGCCGGCCUUGCUGUUUUGCCUCCUGAUGCCAGCCUUGGUGCUGUUCCUACCUUCGCGGAGACUGUGGCCGCAGUGCGCCGUCUGAAACCGCGUAAGGCUUGUGGUCCUGAUGGCCUGCCGGGGGACGUCCUUCGUCGGCUCUCGCUCCCUAACCUGCGUGUUUUCCAUGAGCAUUUGGUCCAGGUUGCCUCGGAGGGCUCUCUCUCCGGCUCCUUCAAUUUGGAAACCGGUUUAGAUCGUGCUGUGGACAAGUAUUGGGCCAAGCGCCCAGCCCUUGAAGGCGGCUCCGUGGCUGACGUCAUCUCACAUGUUCUCGCUGCACAGGUGCAGGUGUCGGAGCGGUUCUUGGCGUACAUCAUGGCCGGAGCCCGGGAUGUGGCAGAUUUGGGGCAGCACGCUGAAGGUCUCGUACCCCUAUCUACCAUGGUGGAAGCCAUCUCACAUGGUGAACCCAAUGAUUCGGAUCCGUGGCCGAUCAUUGUCACCUUUCGCAACAGCGAGCAGGCGGUUGGUCUACGUGAAGCCCUUCUCCACGAAAGAUGGCGCGUGCUCCAGGGGCGGGACAAGGAGCUCGGCUGGCGUCCGGCACGCCAUAUGGCCAGUGGACCAGCCCGGGCGGUUUUGCAAGGCCUGGGCCUCGAAGCCAAGGGUGGCGGUAAAGGAAAACGCCGAUCACCGAAGCGGGAAGGAAGUGCAGCACCCCGAGCCGAGCCCGAGGUGCUGCCCUCCUUGACUUUGUAUCCAGAGGGUGCCGUCCCUCUUGGACAUGCUUGGCUGAGGGUGCCGUAUGCCCGAUACGGGCGAUAUCCUUCUACCACGGAUGGAGACCGGCGAAGCAGGGAUGGAGGCGAUGCUCCACUCUCCUUAGCCUCGGGAGAUGAGAUCCUCCUCUUCACCGGCGCCACGGAGCGCCGCGCUUCGUGGGCGUCGCUGGUGACGGUGGUGAGGCGGUGGUGA